AUGUAUGCUUUAACUGGUGCAAAGCCAAUAACAACAAAUAACUUAACAGAGAGAAUAAAUAAAACUAUAGAAUCACAGUGCAGCAGAACUCAGAUAGUUGUAUCAUUUAUUGAGCAUUUAUAUGAUGUUAAAUUUAUUAAAAAGUCAUUGGUUCAAAGUGAACUAGAUGAAACUUUAUCUGAUGCAGGUCUGGCAACUUAUUGGAAUAUGCGUAUGAUCGAACACAAACAAAUGCCAUUCAAAAAGCCGAUCAAUCAAAAACAUCAUAUAAAUCAAGAUGUGUCAGAACAAAUUGAUAAGAUGAUUAUUAAAUUAAUCAACUGUGAUAAUAUUAACAUACCAGCAUCUAAUUAUCUUAUUAAUAUAUCAACUAAUGAGUGCACAUGUUAUGAUUAUGUCUGGAAUGAAUCAUUUAGAAAUGCUUAUUAUACUUGCGAUACUAAAAAUAUUAAUGCUUAUGAUGACAAAUAUGAUGACUCUUUUGCUGAAUCCACAAAAUAUGCUCAGAGUGAUGAAUAUAAAGGGUGUGAUUGGAUUCCAAAAGAGUUUACAAAUGCUGCAGUAACAAAAAGACUAUGUUUGGAUGAUAAUUCUAUUGGAAAUAAUGUGAAAUUAUAUUGGUGGAUUAGUAAUAAAAAAAUCCGAGUGAAGAAUGCAAAAGAAAUAUAA